AUGUUGGGCGUACACCGCCGCAGCAGCCAGGACGACGAUGCAGGAGGAGCUUCUGUCGACGCAUCAUCAGACCCACAGAGCACACACAUGGUUGCGUCGCCUUCACUGACCGUGUCCAGUACGCCCCUGCACGUUCUGGCUCAUGCGUCUACACAGGAGCGGAAACGCAGCGUUUCCGCCUCUGCGGAGCGGCCAGUCAAGCGGAAGAUCGUAAAGGUGACACGAGCUUGUGAUGUCUGCAAGUAUAGCCGAGGAAGACCUGUGAGCCCGCCGAGAGCGCCCGAUCGGCGAGAAUCUCACUCUUCUGGUGACCGUGAUGCCGUGCAAGGCGAUGGUUAUGGUCGCCAAGACCUGGAGGGUAGCAAUACUGGCAUGAACACACGCUUCAUCGCAGUCAAUGCUCCAAUGGAAUCCGUCCCUCAGUCUGAACAACGUGGAGGAAAUGAGACCUCCGCGCCUUCGCGUGCGUCGCCCGAGCUGGAAGUCUCGGAGAUUCAGGGGCAAUAUCAUGAUACAACCUCUGGCCUCGCUUUUCUCCAUCGAGCUUGCAGGCGUUUGUCGAAAGAGGCGAGUGCGCAGGCAGGCAGAUACAAUGUUACUGUGCCUAGUCAACCGGAGAACGAGGAUAGCCCAACUCUGACCGUAGGCGACAAGCCUCUGGGCCGCGGCAGACAAGGACACGUCGACUUUCCACCCCUCGAAUUGGCAAAGCAGCUUGUACGACUGUACUCGGAUGUUUGCAUGGCGACUUAUCGCUUUCUUCAUCUACAAACCGUGGAAGGUUGGCUGUAUAUCAUGUCAACCAACGUCAGGGAUGGCUUUCCGCUUCAUCGUGGAGUAGGGCGAGCAAAAGCUGCAAUUGUCCUGACCGUGCUGGCCAUUGCAAAGUCUCACGAGGACAAGGCUAGUGGCCGGUUCCAAGUUGACGAGGAAGCCUCAAUGGAGCAUACCGACGCCUUGUUUUCUGAUGCCUCUUCGCUCGUGCAACAAGAAACAGCAAGCCCCACACUCGAGUCUGCACAAGCGCGACUUGUUCAAGUCCUAUAUUUACUUACAACCUCUCGCUUUAAUCAGGCUUGGUAUGUCUUUGGGACAGCAAUCCAGCUCAUAUCGGCACUUGGGCUCCAUCGAAGACCGGGACGGAAACCCCGAGAAGUCCCAACAGGGAAUUACAUCGAAAUGCAGCUGCGCAAAAGAACCUUUUGGAGUGCCUACAUCCUGGACAAAUAUCUGGGAGUCAUCUUUGGGAGGCCGAGGCACUACAAUGACGAAGACAUCGAUCAGGAAGCCCCAGAUAGUGUCAAUGAUGAGGACAUGACUCCUACUGGUCCGGUUGCAACGCAUCAACGUGGCAAGAAAGACUGCCACGUCGACGCCUUGAUAUAUCAUUCAAGAGUUGGAAAUAUUAUAAGCGAGGCAGCCAGAACUGUCUACUCGAUAAAACAGAUAUCACACAAAGAUCGCAUUGCGGCUGCUCACCGCCUCGGGAAAGACCUCCAGCGAUGGCGAGAGAGUCUGCCUCCGUAUCUUGGCUCGAUCCACCCAUCCAGCCUAAUACCGACGUUCCGUCGUCAGUCCAUUACACUUCGAAUAGCUCAUUGCCACGCUAUCAUGCACAUCAAUCGUCUGUUCCUCCUAGGCAAGAUCAGCUCCGGGAGCGAGCCUCAAAUACGCGAGGCCAUAAUCGCGGCCACGACAGUCCUCGAGACCGUCGACGAGAUGGUCAAUGAGCAGGGAACCAUUUUUCACGCGUUUUGGUGGACACACUAUGUUACCUUUUGUGCAUUGGCCAUAGUAUACGCUUGGGAAGUACAGAGUCGGAAGACACAGCCAAGUGUCGCCCUCGAUGCAGGAAUAUCCCAUUCGGAGCUCAUGACUCUAGCCGAGAAGUGCCACAAACAUCUCGCACAGGCUACAGCCUCUAAUUCGCCCAGCCGCAGAUAUAGUCUGAUCCUGGAGAAACUGCGAAGAGAGGCGAUACGAGGGAUCAUGCCUAGGUACGCCGCCGCGGCGAAUGGUAAUAGAGAGACAGGAGGGGAACCUGUGACUAGGGAGAUCCCCGUGCAGUCACACACCACUCCUACACAGAUGCAAGAUGCGCCCUUCCCCAGUCCAGCAAGCCGUCCUCAAAGUGCGAUGGAAUUGAACUCCACGCCGCAGAACGGCUUUGGUGCCACGUUCGAAGAGAUGAAUUGGUCACUACAAGAGUGGCAAAGUGAGGACUGGUUGAACCUAGACUCAAUGGCAUUUGGUACUUUCUCUGAGAGUUAUGAUGCCCCAUUCGUAUGGAACGCCGACACAACUAUGUAG